UCCGACGCAAGCGUAGGACAAAGUCCGUGCAGCGAACAGUGCAGGACUAGGCUUACCUCACCGCCUACACCUUCAGCCGCGCUCCGUACAUCCGGUGUAGGAGUCCGGAAGCGACCGCGGCGGUGACAGCACGGAGCAGAAUGGUGGCUGCUCCGUGGUGACAGGGUGGAGGGGUGGGGUAACGAGCUCCCUGAAGCACGCCUUUGCAGUGUUAUGCAGUCACGCUGGCCCGGCCCCGCCCCUCACACGGGUUCACUGACUCAGAGCAGGCACUGCGCGGGAUCAACAGGUUUUCACUGUUUUUUUGACGUGGUGUUCGCAACAGUGUACAUCAACCGUAAGGAUUACGCAAAAUUGCUGCCAACUCAACCAUAGCUACAGAGUGCAGACCAGGGGGUUGAUUGUUACUUCCGUUGGCACGUCUUGCUUCCGGCCCGUGACAGCGCCGGAGUGUAGAACCCUUUUUGAGACUUCGCAUCUUGCAGCAGAAUGCCUCCCAAGAAGGGAGCGCAGAGGAGCCCUGCCAGUGACGCCAGCAAGAGGUCCAGACAGGAAAGCAGUCCUUCUCAGCGGCGAGAAGGAUCUCCUACUGACGGACUGUCGAUGGAGUGGGAGGUCCUGACGGUCAAGGAGGAGCUCUCGGGUCCCGAAACUGCCAACAUGAGUGGCAGCACUUCAAGUCCCAAGUUGUGGUGCCGGGACUGCGGCGAGGAUGCCGCGGAGGACUGCGAGGACUCGGGCCACUCCGUGUGCUCCCUCCGCCAACUGCGUUUGGAGGAAGUGGCCCCGAAGUUGCAGCGUCUGGACAAGGUGGCGAAGUCGGCGCGCGAGGUGGUGAAGGCCCUGCUGGACGCCAAGGGCGUGCUGGAGGCCCAGCUGGAGCAGUGGCGCGGCAGGCUGCGGCACGUCGAGGAGGCCAAGAUCGAGCUGUGGGCGGCGGCGGACGAGGGUCGGGACCUGGAGGAGCCUACACUGGAGGAGGGCCUGGAACAGCUGCUGCAGGACGCCACCACUCUCCUCCAGGCCAAGUGUCAGCUGCAGGUGGACUCAACCUGUUCUACGUGGAACGCCGGACUGGUGGUAGCGGCUCCAGGCUCCAGACGCAGUCUUCUUGGCCCACUGGUGCUGCAGUUGCACCAGGACAGGACCCUCACCAAGGUCUUCCGUCCCGAAGAAUGUAUGGAUGUGGGAGAACUCAGCAAGCAGAAGAAGCACAGUAAGGAGCUGGACGAAACCCUGGAGAAGCCAGGCCUUGACAAGGUGAGGAAGCUGGACGGUGUUUGGUGCCAGCAGCGGCCCAACUGGUGCAAGGUGCUGCUGCAGCGCGUCGCCCCGCACGUCGAGUGGCUGUGGGUCGACAGUGCCGUCCGUGAGCACCUCGAGGUGAUCCGGGACAUGCCCGCACUGCGCUACUUGUACGUCCACGUGUCGGAGAGUAUCAAGAACGCCCCAGGCCUGCCGCUGCAACUCGAGGAACUGCAGGUGGUGAACGCUGAAGCGGAACACCUGCAGUCGGUGCAGCGGAUGCCCAGUUUGCGUAAAUUCGUCGUGAAAUGGUACCCCCACGGUGCUCUCGACGUGGCCUUCCCGCCUCUGCCCGCGGGUCACUGCGGCCUGCAGUGGCUCGGUGUCAGCCUCCGGCCGGCCUCCACCGCCCUGUCCCUGGCCAAGGCCCACGCCGCCACACUGCAGGAGCUGCGGAUCCUGUGCGCGUCCGAGGGAGACGGUCUGUUGCACUUCAAGGACCUGGCCGAGGGGCUGCGCCAGUGCGGGCUGGUGGCGCUGCGGCGCGUUGUGCUGAUGCGUAGUCCAGCUCCAGGCUACCCUGACGAGAACCUUCCCCACGCGGCAGAGUCGUGCCAACGGCAGAAACAGGCAGUCUGGGACAAACUCUUGGCGAGGGACGCAAUGAAGCCAGUCCGGAUAGUGGAGGUCCUAUGCAAGGACUGUGACAAGUGCCCACAGUUUCCGCCUAUGGGAGACUUCACCUGGAGAGACGAGUAACAGUGGUUCAUCUCAAUUUUCCUUUUUAUCAUGGCAUUGUUAUUAUCAUUUCAUUGAACUCCACCGCCUGACGUCCAGGCUGUGCUGACCUGUCCCUGAACCGAUCGUGCACAUCGGUGUUUGUACGGUGUGGAUAGAUGAUUCUCGUAUGUAUUGUGGUAACCAAGUUAACACCUUGAAAGGAUAAAAGAUGGGAUUUUCUUUGCUCCAUACGUAUCAUUAAAAGUGAAAUUAUGUCGUUGUUUUGAACAUAAUUUUUGGUUUCGCGAGACAGAAAGCUUGACUGCUGAAUCUCUUUCUUGUUUGAUUCGUGAGUUAGUUUUUCUAAACCGAGAACUCGUUUUUUAUGUCAGUUAGCUUUUCAAUUCCUACAGCCUGACGUUCAGUUUGCAUUGCUUCUUUUAUGUUAUUGUUUCGAUGUCGAUAGUACACACACAUCUUUCGUUUCACUCACAA